AUGAGCUCCUACAAUGUGACGCUGCCCGGCCCCGGCCCCUGGGGCUUCAGGCUGCAGGGAGGGAAGGACUUCAACAUGCCGCUGACCAUCUCCAGGAUCACUCCGGGCAGCAAGGCGGCGCAGGGAAACUUGAUCCAGGGUGACGUUAUUGUCGCCAUUGAUGGCGUUGGCACCGACGGGAUGACUCACCUGGAGGCCCAGAACAAGAUCAAGAUGGCCAACUACAACCUGGCACUCACCAUGUCCAAGUCUAAACGUCCCAUUAUGAUGCCGCCACCGAGGAUGGAUGGUGUGAUUCCCAUGAUCCCUCACCAACAGCCUCAGUCAGUGCACGUCAACGGCCGCCUGUCGGCCUGCAGUCCCUCCUCCGGGCCUGCAGAGGCAGACUCCCCUGGGAGGAGAGCGGGCAGCCCCGCUCAGAGGAAGGUGUAUAACUCCCCCAUCGGCCUGUACUCAGAGGAGACUCUGAGGGAGAUGGCAGCGAUUCAGGAGGGUCGGCCGGCGGGUGCCGGCUUCAACCCCGCCACGCUCUCUACCCAUAAUCCCAUCGAGGUGAAGGGCCCCGGCGGUAAGGCCACCAUCAUCCACGCCCAGUACAACACGCCCAUCAGCUUGUACUCGCAGGACGCCAUCAUGGACACCAUCGCAGGGCAGACGCAGAACAAGGGGCACGACGCUGGUAGUCUCCCAGUUAAAGAUCAUCUCGUAGACAGCGCCUCUCCGGUCUAUCAGGCCGUGCAGAGCGCCGAGAGGGACCGGGACGUGGGGGAGUGGGGACAGCGCGGCUCCACCAUGCAGUCCAAGACCUUCCGGGUCCUCGCCCACAUGACAGGAACUGAGUCCCUACCAGAGGAUGAAGAGCAGGAGGUGCUGAGGAGCAGCAGCCGGAAGCGACAGUCGGCCGCUGGUUUCAACCUCCAGCACAGAGCUGCCGUCUCCAGUCCGUACGUUCAGCCUCCUGCCAUGCAUCAGGCUCCACAGGCCCCGCCCCCGCAGCAGUACCAGCAGAUCCCGCAGCACUACCAUCAGCCCCCCACGCAGCAGGCCCCUCCCACUCAGCAGAGCUCCAUUCAGAUCCCGCUCUGCGCCGCCCCUCCCAAGGUGGUGAGCACCGCCUGCAUCUACCCCUCCCAGCCCGCUCCGGCCCCGGUUCCACAGCCUCGCCCUCCGGCCGCCGCCCCGGCCCCAUCCCCGGCAGCUGAUCCCAACAGACCCCCCUGGGUGACCGACAACAGCUUUGCCGACAAGUUCGACCCCAGUAAGAUGACCACCACCACCAUGAAGGUGCCGGCGCUGCCCCAGGGCGCCCCUCCUCCGCCAGCGUUCAUCCCCAAUCCCUCCCCUGCUGGACCUGUAGCUCCAAGCCCCGCCCUCAUCCCCUCCAGCCCCGCCCCUUUCCCUCAAGUGGCGAGGGGCGUGGCGCAGAGGGCGGAGAGGUUCGCCGCCAGCAGCCGUACAGCUUUGUGCGGGUCCUGUAACAACAUCAUCAGGGGCCCCUUCCUCUCGGCCCUCGGCCGCUCCUGGCACCCGGAGGAGUUCAACUGUCACUACUGUCACAUGUCUCUGGCUGACGUCAGCUUCGUGGAGGAACAGAACAGCGUUUACUGCGAGAACUGCUACGAGGAGUUCUUCGCCCCGACCUGCGCUCGCUGCAACACCAAGGUCAUGGGGGAAGUGAUGCACGCCCUGCGGCAGACGUGGCACACCACCUGCUUCGUGUGCGCGGCCUGCGGUAAACCCUUCGGCAACAGCCUCUUCCACAUGGAGGACGGGGAGCCGUACUGCGAGAAAGAUUAUAUUUCACUCUUCAGCACUAAGUGUCAUGGCUGUGACUUCCCUGUUGAAGCCGGGGAUAAGUUCAUCGAGGCUCUGGGUCACACCUGGCACGACACCUGCUUUGUCUGUGCGGUUUGCCACGUGAACCUGGAGGGUCAACCUUUCUACUCAAAGAAAGACAAACCUCUGUGCAAGAAGCACGCUCACGCCAUCAACGUGUAG